GGCGAUGAGCCCGGGUUGAGGUGACUGCGGGGCUGGGGCUGAGGGGACUCCGCGUCCUGCGGCCAUGGUGGCUCACGAUGAGCUCGGGGGGCUGCUGCCCAUCAAAAGGACUAUCCGGGUGAUCGACGCGCAGAACCAGUCCUUCAGGGAGCAGGAGGAGCCAAGCAACAAGAGGGUUCGGCCUUUAGCACGGGUCACAUCCCUGGCAAACUUGAUCUCUCCUGUAAGAAAUGGUGCUGUGCGGCGCUUCGGGCAGACCAUACAGUCGUUUGCCCUCCGCAGUGAGAGCAAAUCUCCUGGCUGUGCCCAGAAGUCAUGUAGCAGAUCUGCUGCUCCUACUCCUCCUAAAAGAAGAAACAGUGUUCUUUGGUCUGAGAUGUUAGAUGUCAACAUGAAAGAGUCCCUGAGCACCAAAGAAAUCAAGCGCCAGGAGGCAAUCUAUGAAAUGUCCAGGGGAGAACAGGACCUAAUCGAAGACCUGAAGCUUGCCAGAAAGGCCUAUCAUGAUCCCAUGCUGAAACUCUCCAUCAUGUCUGAGGAGGAGCUCACUCACAUCUUUGGUGACUUGGAUUCUUAUAUUCCUCUGCAUGAAGACUUGUUGGCAAGUUUAGGAGAAGCGACAAAACCAGAUGGAACAGUGGAGCAGAUUGGGCCCAUUCUUGUGAAGUGGUUACCACGACUCCAUGCCUACAAAGGUUACUGCAGCAAUCAGCUGGCAGCCAAAGCACUUCUGGAUCAGAAGAAGCAGGACAGGAGGGUGCAGGACUUCCUUCAGCGCUGCCUUGAGUCUCCUUUCAGCCGCAAGUUGGACCUUUGGAGCUUCUUGGACAUUCCUCGAAGUCGGCUUGUCAAAUACCCACUGCUCCUGAAAGAGAUCCUGAGGCACACUCCCAAAGACCAUCCCGAUAUCCAGAUUCUGGAAGAAGCUAUAUCUAUAAUCCAAGGAGUCCUCUCCGACAUCAACCUGAAGAAGGGCGAGUCAGAGUGCCAGUAUUACAUUGACAAGCUGGAGUACCUGGAUGAGAAGCAGAAGGACCCCAGGAUUGAGGGCAGCAAAGCCUUACUGUGCCAUGGGGAGCUGAAGAAUAAAAACGGACAUAAACUCUAUGUCUUCCUCUUCCAAGACAUCCUGGUUUUGACCCGGCCGGUCACUCGCAAUGAGCGUCAGGCCUACCAAGUGUACAGGCAGCCCAUCCCUGUCCAGGAGCUGCUCCUGGAGGACCUGCAGGAUGGAGAUGUGAAAAUGGGAGGAUCCUUCCGAGGAGCCUUUGGCAAUUCUGAUAAAGCUAAAAAUAUCUUCCGAGUUCGCUUCCAAGAUCCCUGCCCAGGCCAGUCCCACACGCUGCAGGCCAACGAUGUCUUCCACAAGCAGCAGUGGGUGAACUGCAUCCGAACAGCCAUCGCUCCCUUCCAGCGGACUGCAGCCACAGCCGAGCUCAAGGAGCUGCCGGAGCUGAGUGAGGAGCUGGAGGAGAACAACCCCUCCGUGCCCAACAUCAGAGCCCAGAAGAGGCAGUCUGGCAUAUCCGAGAUGGAGCUGGACGAAAGCACAUCCGAGUGUGGCUCCAUCCUGGACUCGGAGGAAGGCAAGGGAGGGAAAGCACAGAGAUCAUCGACUGGGCACAGGACAACGAGGGAGAAGCAGCUCAGUGCAAAGCGGAAAGAGACACUGGUGUGAAGGGGCCCAGCACCAUCCUGCUGGAGGACUGUUUAUUUAUAAAUACUGUGUACAUUUUCCUAUGUGAGCAUGAUUGGAUUCACUCUGCUGAGCAGGACAUUCUUGAUGGUGUAAUGGCAGCUACUGGUAUACAGUUAACACUGUUGAGCUGGAGUCUGGUUUUACCAACACGGCCACUUUGAGCCUGGUUUUAAAGCUGGGAGGGAUUCAGAAACCUGCUUAUGGCAGACUGGAGGAGCAGACUUGGCUUUCUGGAAGCUUGCUGUUUGAGGCUGAAAACCAGUCAAGCUGAAGCAGAAGCAUGGGAUGGCAGCACAUCCCUGGGCAGGGGCAUUGGAGCCACACACAGGAGUCCUCCUGAAGGGCGCUCAGAACCUGAAUUCCCAUUUUCUCCUUGCCGUGGUCCCCAGAAUCCAACUUUCCCAUGGUAGAAAAGCAAAACCAGACCCCAGGUUCAACAGGGUUUCAAUUUACCUACUGGAAUCUUUCAUCUUCCUGUGUCCUUUGUACAUUCCUCAUUUCCACUCUCGGAACCUGCCAGCUAUUUAAUUGUUCUGUAGUAGUUUUGUUCAAGUUUGGGGGGGUUAUUUUGGUUUUCUCUGUGUUUUUUCCCUUUUUUUUUACUUUUGUAUUUUGUUGUGGUUCACACUUGGCAUUUCCUUUCAAGUACUUGAUCCUUUUCUGGGGUGUGCGUGGCAACACAUCACCCCACACUUCCAUGGGGCACUGAUGAGCUGGUGGCUGAGAGGAGACACUCAACCUACCCAUCACAGUGAGCCACAAAGGCUUCUGUUUGCCCUGGACUACUGAAAGAGAACUGCAUUGCUGGGGUGUAGGAAUGGUUUAGGCAACGUCGUGUAAAGGGUUUGGGGAGGGAAGAGGAGCAGCAACUAGAGGGGAAUAGCAGGGAGUGAAGGUAGAUUUACUUUUGUUACCGUUGCCUUUUGGAAAUGAAAUGCCUCUCCCAGGGAGGCAGGACUGGAGGCAACCAAGGGGUUAUUGCAUGUGGUAGAAAGGUAGAGAAGAGGAAGUGAAGCUGAGGUGUAAAGCCAGAGGAGAUGGAGGUUGUAUAUACUCAUAAUGGCAACACUGCCAUGUUCUAGAGGUCCAAAGAUUUGUGUAAGAGAUGCACUGCAAAGGGUUGUAGGAAACGAAGUGGUGACAGCUUCGAGCACAGCCAACAACAGGUCCUUCACCUGGUCCUUCCUGCCCUUCAACCAGUGAGGACAGUGGUCCAGCAUCCCCAUCCCUGAGCAUCACCCAAAACUGGGCUUGAGGAGCUGUCUCUCACAGGCAGAGGGUGUGUGCCUGUGCUGCUGGGAUGGAGCAGGGUGUACAUAGACACGCACGUGUGGUUCUCUGUAAAUGUCUUGUACAGUUUGAGUGCCAAGUACAUUAAACUCCUGAGAGCCUCA